AUGUUAACAACUAAAGAUAAUUUGACAGAAGAAAUGUUAACAUUAAUUGCAGAUAAAGUUAGUGACGAUAAACUCACAGAUAAUGGUAUUUAUGAUGCAUUAGAUAUCUUGGCUAAACAUCAAAUAUUCAAGAUUAAUAAUCCUGAAGGUUUAAUCAAGAAUAUCGCUAAGAUUAUGCAAAAUUCAAAAUAUCAACAGACAAAUGCAACUGCUUUGAUGGAAAUUGCUGUGAAAAUGACUCAUAGAAUUGAUCCCCAAAUUGUCAAAGACAUCAUUACAAAUAAUAAUGCAAUGAUUGGUCCAUUGUGCAAAGUUAUUGAGAAUGUUGCAGAUAAAAAAGAGUUGUUCGAUGUAUUAUCAACAUCAAAGGAAGCAUUACCUAUCUUACCUGAUAUAUUUAAUAGUCAGUGUUCAGCAGAAAUUGCUUUCGAUAUUGCAAUGAAUAAUAUUAAAGAAAAAGAAUCAAUGAGAUUAAUCAAAUAUGUGUUAAUUGCAUAUCCAAAUCUUUCUGAUGAAGCAUUGAUGCCUGUAAUGACAAAGAUAUUGGAUAAUCUUCCAAUACAUAACGCAUGGCUCGCUAUUGAUCCAAUUUGUGAUAGACCACAGUUCAAAAUGAUGUUGACAGAAAAAUUAAGAGAUAUCUUUAAUGUUUCUGUUGAUGAAUUUGAAGUUAAUGAAUCAAUAAAGAGAUCUAAAUAUAAUAUCACCGGAUUAAAGAAUCUUGGAGCAACAUGCUAUAUCAAUUCCGUUUUCCAAUCUUUGUUUAAUAUUGAAGAAUUUAGAAAGAAAAUAUUUGAUCUAAAUCCAACAGAAAAAUGGCAGAAAGCAAUGCAAGAAUUGUUCUAUAGAAUGAAGUUUUCAAAGAGAAAGUUCGAAGAUACAAAAUACUUUUGUGAUAACUUCACUUUCUUUGGAGCUAAAAUCAAACCAACAGAACCACAAGAUGCCGCUGAAUUCUUGGAAGAAUUGUUAGAUAAAUUACAUGAAUCAAGUGAUAUGUUCCAAGGUGAAAUCACGCUCAAAAUGGAAUAUAAAGGAGAAGUUGUUCAAGAGACAAUAGAGCCUUUCCAUUUGUUACCAAUGGCUGUUAAGAAUUGUAAGAAUUUCGAACAAUCUUUCAAUGCAUUCCUUGCAAAAGAAACAAUCUAUAACUAUGAAUCAGAGUUAUUACAGAAGAAAGUUGAUGUAGAAAGACAUUCCAUCAUCACGAAAACUCCUGAAUAUUUGAUUGUUCACUUAAAGAGAUUUGAAUUUGAUUACGCUCAUUAUACAAAGAACAAAAUUAAUACUCCUUUCGAUGUCCCAGAAUAUUUAGAUAUUUCUCCAAUCGCUGAAGGAGAUGACAACAAAUAUAAAGUUGUUGGUGCAAUUAUGCAUAUGGGAGAUUCAGAAAGUGGGCAUUACAAAUCAUUGAUUGCUCAAGAAGAAGGUGGUUUCAUGAUAAAUGAUAGAGGUUGUAGUCUCUUUCCAAAGAAAGAUGUUUUACCAAUGAUGUCAGGAACAGCCAAUGAUUUCUUGUUUAAUGCAUUUAAGGGACUCAAAAUAUUUGAGGAUGUUACGAAGCAACUUAAACAAAUAACAAAAUAA